AUGGUGACUUUGAAUCAUACAAAGGAUGGCGUCACAGAACAGCUUCUUGAGGACAUCAGAAGUUCAAUAAAUGAGAUUAAAGCAAAUCCUAAUGCUGAGUUGGAAGAAGCAGCAGCGCUUUAUGGGAUGGCACAAAAGAUACCGGAUCGAUCCAUAGUUAGAGAAUUUGCAUAUGUUUAUCUUGAUGCUUGCUAUUCUCAGCCAAAACAAAUAAAAUGA